AUGGCAGUGGACCUGCUGAAAAAUACCCCCGUAGGGAAGCUGGCGGAGCUGUUGAAAAAUACCGCCGUCGGGAUACUGGUGGAGCUGUUGAAAAAUAUGGCAGUGGACCUGUUGAAAAAUACCGCCCUAGGGAAGCUGACGGAGCUGUUGAAAAAUAUGGCGGUGGACGUGUUGAAAAGUACCGCCGUAGGGAAGCUGGCGGAGCUGUUGAAAAAUAUGGCAGUGGACCUGUUGAAAAAUACCGCCGUCGGGAUACUGUCGAAGCUGUUGAAAGAUACCGCCGUCGGGAAGCUGGCGGAGCUGUUAAAAAACAGUACCGUUGGAAAGCUGGCGGAGCUGUUGAAAAAUAUGGCAACGGGGGCCUCUGAGUACGACUCCGACCAGCCGUUCGUACACCCGGACACUCUAGUCGAGCUCCCCAUCGUCGGAUCCGGUCUGUGCCUGCUCACCACGUCUUGCUUGGGCGAACCCGUUGGAGAAGUAACCGAUGAAACAACACAGCGGAAGAUUCUGAAGAAGGAGGCGAGCAAGUGGCGUCAGACGUCGGAGGACCUGCAUGAACUGCUGCAGGAUGCUUAUCACGCCCGUUCGGCUAUCAACGCGACGCUCUCUCGAAUCGACGGCUGCGGGCCGGAGCAGGUGAUGGACGACUGCCUGUCGGUCGUGUCCGUAUCCGCUGCUCGGCACCGCGCGGCCGAGGAAGAUGACGUCGCCUUCCCCGACCGUGGGAAGCUGGUCUUCAGCGCUGCCACCCAUCCGGACGUCCACAGAGAUGUGUCGUCGACUGACGCUGACAUACAGGCACUGCUGCCUGAGGAGGACAGCGACAACCACGACGUCAGCCGGGCGGAUGCUGCCCACGCCGGCUCAAGCAAAGAGAUGGGUGUCGGUGUGGCGAUGCCGGCGGCGCUGGUGACACUUUCCGAAGCCUGCCGAUGUCCCAUUGCCAGAGGGGCCACGGCAGCGACGACUCCUACUCGGUCCUGACCGUCAGUGUGUGGAGACGUAACCUGGACUCCCUGAAGAACAGAGCUGGCCACCGCGUGCUCUGGGUGGCGGAGCGUCCGGCGUCGGUGCGCUGGCGCGCGCAGCCGGGCCGCACCAGCCUGGUCGACUGCUUCGUCGCCUGUCGCGACCUGGCAGGCACGCGACUCAUGCUGCUCGGAGUAAAUGGAUGUGAGUGCGGAUCAACUGACACAGCUGGCAACGUGACUGUUCGCGAGUGGAAAAUGGAUUCUUCACAAGGAAAAGCAGCGCAAGGAUUCCUCCUUGUUGAGAAGAAUGAAAAGUCUGCCGGUUUCCGGCCUCGGACCUUUGAAUGGAACCAUGACGUAAAAGAGGCAAAAUUCGAGAACACCACUGGCAAGAACGUGAAACAAGCAUGGAUGCCAGGACCAGCUACCAACAGCUCUGAACAUCCGGAAUCAUCCCAAAAUGUGACCUACAACGGUGAAAAUACUGACAGUAAAGAAACCCAUCGUCAGCGCUCCCUUACAGUUACAGGAGAAAAUAUCACCAUCACCUCCAACAAACGAACCCACUACAUCAUGGCAAAGGCUUUUUUGACGGAACCAGACAAGUCGCUGAACAGAGAAACCGCGGCCCAGAACAGUAGUUCCAGCGCAGUUACCGAAUUCCUUGGCCGUUCAAUGUAUCCUGCAACAUACCGACGAAUUAAGAAGCGGCAACUCGUUCAUACCCGAGUGGUCGCCAAGCAGUCUGGCGUGCAGUCGCGGGUGGCCAGGGCGGUGCUUGACGGCGGCCAAGAGAGACGGCGCCGCGUGACUGAGUACUUCAACGGCACGAUACUUCUGAUAAAGCCCGCAGUGAAUGGAACGUGCUACGUGGGACCGGCGAACAAAACCUACUGGAAAUCCGCCAACGUCAGCGCCGACAACCACCUGAAAUGUCUCUGCCACUGUCUGGAUAAGGAGCAGCUCUUCGUGGCCAUCUUAGAAGGUGGGAGCUGCUUCUGUGGUCUUAACAGUGACCAGAUGGGGAACGUCACGUCAGGUGCGUUGCCGCCUGCUGCAUGCCCCAAGGGCACUGAACGCACGACCUUCAGUGUCACCGGGUCUGUUCAGCCCCUCCUGCAGUACUGCAAACACGCCAAUUCUUCAGAGUCAAUACGGAUCGGCGAAACAGGUCAGCACCGACGCACUCGGCUUGUGUUGUUCCACAGCCGAGGGAUUCGGAGAAUGAUCUCGUCCGAGGACGGCCUGUCAGCUAUGCACACCUCACGUUCAGUUUUAAAUAGAGCGACUUCCAUGCACAAGAAGCAUGCAAAAAACGGAACUAUGAUUGAAGGCAGAUGGUCUCACCUUUAUCCUACUCCCUUCGCAAGGUUGUUUCGGCUAGAACUUGUGGAGAGACGAGUGGUGAACUACGACGAAACAUACUUCUUCCACAAGGACGAAAGCAUGGAAAUGAGAAAAUACAAGCGCAUUAGUAUGUUCUUAUAGAUGUUGAAUAUCGUAGUAAAUAUAAAAUGCCACCAGAAUCUGUGGAAGAAUCUGUGUCCGAAGCAAUGAUCGGACGAUUCGUAUGCACGCAGACUUGCUGCGGCUAUUUGACUCACGUUUGCCUAUGAAUCAACCACCUCACUGCAUCACGUAGGUAAACCACCUCACAACGAAUAGCAGGGGCCGCCCUGAAUGUUGCCCUUACAUUUGGUGCAAUCGUUCUCGCUUGUAAGACCAACUGUCAACCACUUUCCUUUGGUGCAAUGGGUUUGGUACGAGAUAGUUUUCCCACCAAAGCACCAAUGCAACAUAAUGUGUGACGACAGCAUCGACCUAGAUGGUCUCUCGAAGAUCGCUUUGUCUGUUUCUUCUGCGGGAGGAUGGCACGCUACAGUUCAAAGACGACUGCCAAGGAACUCGGCCAUGAGCCAGCGGAAAACGUCGGCAUCGCCCCAUUGGCACACCGGAUUCUCAGCAGGCUCCUUGUCCUGCUCUUUAGGUAACAGUUUACGAUAAAAGUACGGUAAAUCUGGCUAACAUACGAUAAAAGCAUGAUAGCAUAACAUAACGUUACGACUAGCAUAAGCUUAGGCGGUGUCGUAACACGUAGCUACUCGGCGCAGCGGAGCUGGCCCAGGCGCACUCCCCGGCAGCGGACAGGUUACAGGGGUAGAGUGCUUCAUGGCCGACACGGCAUGGUUUUCUGUUAUUGCUCCUAGCGUAAGGUACUAAGGCCGAACCAUCACCUGGAAUGGUGUGGACAGAAAUGCAAUAGCUGGUAACUUGCAAGCAUCAGUGGAAAUGAAACAUGCUUUGUGGAGGUGGCUGGAAGUAAGGCACUUGAUCACAUUGGCUGAUAAUAAUCUUUAUGUUAACUAAGGAUAGCGGUACGAACAUGCUGUUAUAGCAUACAGACGAGUGCGGAUUUGGCGUUGAUAGCUUCUACGAAACUGCACCAGGCAGGUAUGCUCGUACUUGUUGCUGACUUCAUGAUUUUAAAGGACGUUUUCCACCCUUGUAUGGAGUUUUGGUCUGAUAUACCUUUUGAAGAUUACUCGAUGCAAUUCACAGCCCUGCACUUCUCAAGAACUAAACCCUCUAGUUUCUACUACAUGGUUGAAGAAGGAAGUAAUGCUAUUAAGUUCACAAGGCUUUAAGCAUAUCGGCACGUCUAACAAAACUGAACAGAAAAUCAAGAAAAUGUGGUUGGUCAAUACUUGGGGAGACUUUCGACGAUAGCGCAGCACUUUGGUGACGACGAUAUGCCCCCAGUGCCCUUCGCUGCUGUUGAAAGUCGUCACAUUAAAGGAAAUGUUCCACAUUUGUAUGGCGUUUUGAACUGAAAUUGCCAUCUUGAGGACAUUUUCACACAGUUCACGGUCACGUCAUUUUUAAGACGAAAAAGGAUCUGGUUUCUGAGUUACACGCCCGCAAAAGUGGGAAACGUCUAUUUGGAGCUUAUUUCAAAGUUGCCUCGGCAUUAGUGACGUCAUAGAAACGUCAUGCGAUCGCAGCCAUACUACAUGCCGUUUUCUGCUUAUGGUCAAAACAGCAUGACCGCUGGUACGUUCGCAAAAGCGAUGAUGCGGCACGUAUGAUGCAAUGUGCGGAAGAUCAUUCGCUAUUAGCAAGAUUUCGCUGCUGAAUGCGCUUCGCGAACGUAAGCGUGAGCAUUUUCGGGUUGUGCGGCACCCCUCGUGAACGGGUCAUUUUUUCUUAUUUCUAGACCAAAGGUCAACGUUAUAAAAAACGCCACUGCCUGCAAAAAAGUACGGCAACCAAAAAACGGGCACUUUUCCGAGAGUUAUAAAAACGAAGACGCGACGGCAAAUCUGUCUUUACCCCGCCCCCCCCCCCCUUAGCGUUUUUUCUACUUCCUGAAGAAACCUGUUGAGACGCAUUACCAUGAACCCCAGCUGGGACUUUGUUUUAAAGGGAGGUCGCGCUGCAAUAUGGUGUUAUGACUGAAAAUCGAUGCGGAAAUUGCGAGAAAACCUGCAAUUUGCUAGUUCUGCGAGCUGUGGAAGUGUGAUAUCACAUUUAUUUGACAAAAUAGUGUCAAUCGGGGGCAUGGAAUGCGUGUGAUCGUUGGUGGUGCGUGCCAGUGGCCUGUGGUGAUCUUGAUGUGAUGCGGAGUAUGCGCGCAAGGUUUGUACUUCUGAGAGGGAACAUUGUUUCGGUAUUAUUUGAGUCUACUGGCUCCAACUAAAAUGUGAUAAAUUGAUACCUGCCUCUACCCUUAUGUUUGUGUUUAAACAUGACAUAGGAACCCUGGCAAACUAAGAUAUUUAGUUUAUGUACACUGGUGGAGCGUGCCAGUGGUCUGUGGUGAUCUUGAUGCGAUGAGGAGUGAGCGUGCGAGGUUUGUACCUCUGGUAAAACAUUGUUUUGGUAUUCUUUAAGUCUACUGACUCCCAAUAAAAUGGGAUAUAUUGAUACAUGCCUCUACCUUUGUG